CACCAUAAUUUACAUAUGUGAUUAAGAAUGCUGUUCCAGGAUACGCUGCUCAUCAUCAAGCCGGACUAUAUGCACAAGCGUCGUCCGGUGCUGCUAAAGGUCUUAGCUUCCGGAUAUCAGAUUCAGGGAAGUCGGAAGUUGAAUUUUUCGCCUGAGCUGGCAGCCGAGUUCUAUGCGGACUUUGCAGAUGAGAAGGGCUUCAUGCUGGAGGUAAUAUUGCUGUCUAAGGGUAUAUCUGAGGCCUUUAUUCUUACCAAAGAGAACGGCGUACAAGAUCUGCUGAAUAUUAUGAUGUGUUAUUUUGGCACCGCUUCGGAGUUGGAGCGCAAUAUUCAUGUAACUAAGCAUGUGGAUAGCGUGGCCCGUGAAAUAACCUUUAUAUUUCCAAACUAUAUCCAUGAGCCCAUUGAAAUCUUCGAUAAGAAUCGUUUUUGCAACCGUCCCAUGCUGAAGCCUCUGCUUUCGGAAAUCUACGAUAUUAUGCAGAAUGUCGACUGCAGCCAGGAGGAUUGGAAGGUCCGCGUGUCCGAUUAUUUGAUGCGUAGCAAUCCCGUCGUGCCGCAGAUCACCAAUCAGUGUCAGCUAAUGCCCGAUCUAAACGUGCAGGAGAAGUCGCAACAGACGACCGUAACGUACAAGUCGACAGCCAAGGAUGCCAAGCCUAAGGAUAAGGUCUCCAGCACCACCUCUGUGCUGUCCAGCUCUUCGCCGCAUUCGUCGCUAUUGAUAACUACGUCAUCAUGUGUGACUUGUGGUGGAUUCGACCACACCGAGCCGUGUACAGAAGAUAUAGAUCUCACCAAGCGUGUAGAGCCGCAGAGUGAUGAGCCCGUGUGCGUCGAUGAGGAGAUUAUUUGGAAGGAGAUCGUGGUGUAUGAAGAGGUUGUGCCCGAGGAAGAGCAGUCCGAGCAGAAAGAUUUCGCCGAUGUAUUUGGUGAAGAUGAAUUUGCAAUGCUCGAACAGGGUAGCAGCUCGCUGUCCGAUUGUAAGCCAGCGGCACCCUCACCUCAGCCAGAAGAGGCUGACGCUGGCGCAGGCGAACCAGAUGGAGGUCCAGCUGAAGAGGCACCACCAGCGCCUGAGCCUGCACCGCCAGCUGCCGAAGCGGCUCCACCAGCGGCUGAAGAGGCACCGCCAGCGCCUGAAGCGCCACCACCAGCAGCUGAGGAAGCACCUCCGGAGGCUGAAGCAGCUGAGGAGGCACCACCUGCUGCUGACGAACCGCCACCGGAAGCAGAAGGCUAAUCAACACCUGUUGCCCGCGUUUUUAUGAUUUACCAAGCAUUUUGUUUUCAUUUCUUCUCUAACAAAAAAUUACUGGUGUACAGAAAAAAGCCCAAACAUCCAAUCACCCAAACACCCAAACAAGAACCUGAACAAGCCAACCGUGUGCAAUGCCCCACAAACGCCCACUUAGCUGGACGCCCCCCUUCAGAGUCCUGCAAUGCGCACUCGCCGUGCCCAGGCUGCAGGCUAUGUUGCCUGCAAUUUUCACUCACCGACGUUGCACUCACACUCGAGAGUGGUUCAAUUGUGGCGCUUUCAGUGGCAGUGGCAGUGGCAAAGUGGCAGUGCAACAGGAAGAGCAGCAGCAACAGCAGCAGCAACAGUAGCAGCAGUGGCAGUGGCAACAGCUACCCAACGUAAGCAUUAGCAGUUUUUAUUCCGUAAAUCGUUUUUAUUCGUGCUCUCCACAUUCGAAGUGUUCAAUAAAAAGAGGAAUG